AUGGCUUCCUCCGGUUUCUCCAUCCAAAACAUCCCCCAGCUUCCUCCAGACCCUUUGUUUGGGCUUAAGGCUCGCUACACAGCAGACACCAGAACUAACAAGGUGGACCUCGGGAUCGGCGCCUAUCGCGAUCAAGAUGGAAAGCCUUGGGUGCUUCCCUCGGUCAAACUUGCAGAAAAAGCCAUCCAUGAAGACCCUGCCUACAACCACGAGUACUUGCCCAUUGCGGGGCUCCAGCAGUUCACCUCUGCUGCAGCCAAGGUGAUUCUGGGAUCCGACUCGAAAGCGCUUAAGGAUGACAAGGUUGUUUCAGUCCAGACACUCUCGGGAACUGGUGCUUUGCACGUUGCGGCUUUGUUCAUCAAGCGGUUCUACAAAGGCAGUGGUUCCGUGUACAUUUCUUCACCCACCUGGGCCAAUCACAUCCAAGUAUUCGAGACCCAGGGUCUCAAGAUUGAGUCGUAUCCAUACUGGAAUUAUGCCACCAAGGAACUAGACCUCAAGGGAUUUUUGGGUGCGAUCAAUUCUGCUCCUGAAGGUUCUGUGUUUCUGUUACAUGCCUGUGCCCAUAACCCCACAGGACUGGACCCAACCCGUAGCCAAUGGACCGAAAUUCUUGGUGCCAUCAAGAAGAAGAACCAUCUUGCUCUGUUUGACUCGGCUUACCAGGGCUUUGCUUCUGGGUCGCUUGAAAACGACGCUUUUGCGGUGAGAUCUGCCAUUGACAGUUUCGACGGAUCUUUGCCCAUAUUGAUCUGUCAAUCGUUUGCUAAGAACGUGGGAAUGUAUGGAGAGAGAGCUGGUGUCUUCCAUUACGUUUCUGCCACCAAAGACGCUGCUCUUCAAUCUGCUGUCUUGUCGCAAUUGCAAAAGAUCACCCGGUGCGAACUGUCCAACCCCCCGGCGUACGGUGCAAAGAUCGUGUCCAAGAUCUUAAACACGCCUGAGCUUUAUGCCCAGUGGGAACGUGAUCUAGUGACAAUGAGCAGUCGUAUCAAGGAGAUGCGUCAGACACUGAGAUCCGAACUGGAGUCCCUGGGAACCCCCGGAACAUGGGACCAUAUCACCACCCAACAGGGUAUGUUCUCCUUCACGGGUCUUUCCAAGCCCCAAGUUGACAGCCUCGAGAAGGACCACGGAGUUUAUCUGGUUGGUUCUGGUCGUGCGUCUAUGGCAGGGUUUAACUUGGGCAAUGUCAAAGCGGUAGCCAAGGCGAUAGACCAGGUUGUCCGCGAAGCAUCGAAGUUGUAA